GGGCAGCGCGCUCCGCUGCGCCACCUUGGCGCUUUGGUGCGUAACCGCGCGUCAGUUUACCUGCUCGGCUUUAUAAACCGGUCAGGUACCCCUGACCCGCAUCUACCCACCACUGGCCCAUUUGCAGAGACCUGAAUAAAUACCCGGCGCUGCUUCAGAGCCUUGAUUCUCCUUCAACUUCAGUUUCGGCUUCAAGUUCUGCUCAACUUCAAGUUCUCCUUCAACUCCCUCUUCUGCUUCAAGUUCUCCUUCAACUCCCUCUUCUGCUUCAUUUUCUGUUUCAGAUUCUGUCUGCGUGGGCCAGGCUGCCCGAUUGGACAUCAUGAGCCUCCCCACACUUGUGGUGGCAUUGGUGCUGACGUUGUGCGCCUGGAUUACGCUUUGUGGAGACAUUUCGUGCGAUUCCGGAUGGGAGGUGUUCGGCUCCAGCUGCUACAAGAAGAUGCCAGCCACCAACGGUUGGCUGGGGGCCCGUUUACACUGCGCCCUGGAGGGCGGCGACCUGGUCUCCUUCAACUCAUUGGCCGAGGAAGAUUUUGUGAAGGGCAAAAUGGGGGUGGACCCGUUCUGGAUCGGGCUCUCCAACCUGGAAUGCGGCCAUAAGUUGUGUCAUCGAAUGUCAGGCAAGGAGCCGAAAUGGUCCGACGACACGCCGCUGAUCUACAGCAACUGGGAUGCCGGUCAAGCCGUAAGCACCACAUCGGAGUCCUGCGCCUACGUCAAGCGAAAAGCAUAUGAUUCCGACCAGUGCGACAAGUGGAGAACCGGCUUGUGCGAGUCCUCCCUGGCGUACAUAUGCAAACGCUCGCCCGACGAAGGCCGACCGUUUGGCUCUCUCUGUGGUGCAAAGUGA